CAGCUGCUGAGGAUCAAUCCUGGAUCAACCUGAGGCAGCGACGAAAAGAUAAGCGUGCGCAGCAGAGGAAGAGGUGUGGCAGGCUCAGAGAGUGCUGAGUCACGGAGCCACACCCCACGGGUGGAGCUGCCAUUGGGCUUCGUGAUGGACAAAAAACUACCAGCAUGUGUUGCAGCUCGGUCGCUCGGGAGUUAAAGGCCUUUCUUUCCUGUAAGCUUGGCAACGGGACUUGGACACGAGUGCUUUUAUCUCUGUCCGAGAUAAAGACUUCAGAACUUGGCAGGCCUCUGCACGGUCGCUGCCAAGUCUUGUGCUUCCUACAGAAGAAUCAGGUAAUCCUCAACUUACGACAGUUCAUUUGGUGAAUGUUCAAAGUUGCAACGGCAUUGAAAAAAGUGACUUAUGACCAUUUUUCAGCAUCCCCGUGAUCAACAUUCAGAUGCUUGGCAACUGGUUCGUAUUUAUGACAGUUGCAGUGUCCCAGGGUCAUGUCAUCUCCUUUUUUACGACCUUCUUACAAGCCAGAUUCACUUAACAACCGGGUUACUAACUUAUCCACUGCAGUGAUUUACUUAACAACUGUGCUAAGAAAGGUCAUAAAAUGGAGCAACACUUACUUAACAAAAGUCUCACUUAGCAACAGAAAUUUUGGGCUCAAUUGUGGAUGUAAGUUGAGGACUUCCUAUAGCUGGAAAAGUUUAUAAUUACUUAUAGACUUGUUAUGUAAAGGGAGAAGAAUACAUCAGAUAUUUUUGACCUUUUAUUUAGCAUUCAACUAAGGGUGGAUCUUUUUAUGUUUAGUCAGUGUGAAUGGUAUAUUUGUCAUUUGUCUUGGGUUUUUUUGUACACAUUUUCCAUUUUUAUUUAUUAGUGUUUCAUGGUUUGUUAGUUUGUUUCUUUUCUUUUCUUUUCUUUUCUUUAUUUUGCAUUUUAACUUUGGAAAUAUGAAUCUAUGUUAUUUUGCUGCAAUGAUAUUUAUAUAGCAUAACUAAAUUCUUGAAAUACUGUUAUUUGAUUACUUUGGAAGUAAAGAAGGAAAAAAAGAAAAAAGCGUAUAUUCUAUCAAUUUUAAUUACAAUUUUGGAUAGAAAUGUUAUCACUAUAACUGUUCUAGCAUAACUGAAGGUCAUAAAUGUUAUGACCUUCCCAAGAUGGCGCCGACGAAGGCUGCCUCGGUGAAAUGCUCUCUAAUUGUUUCUUUAUUUCUAAUUGUUCUCUGUGACUCACUACGGAUUUCCUACUCACGAGACCAUCUGCUAAAAAUUAAGGAACAUUUCUUUAAGGAGCAGCUUUCUUUGAUCUCACCCCCACCUGUCUUUACAAAUACGGAGGAGAUUCUAAUACAGGAGGAGGCAAUUCCCAUGGAGCCAUGGAUUACCAAAAAAAACAAACGACGAAAGCGACGGAAGAGAGGUAAACGAGCUGGGAUCUUAAACAGAUUAAGAAGUCGCAUUAAAACUCCUCUGCCUUCAAUUUUCCUAACAAAUAUACGCUCACUUGCAAAUAAGAUGGAUGAAAUACUCCUCUUAAACAAAUACUAUUCUGAUUUUCGCAAUUCAGCAGUCCUAUGCUUCUCUGAAACCUGGUUAAAUGAAUCAAUUGAAAAUAGCAGCCUGAACAUUCCAGGAUUUCAAAUUGAACGAUCAGACAGGAUUCCAGAAACAUCUGGUAAAAAGAAAGGAGGAGGCUUAUGCCUAUAUAUUAGCAGAAACUGGUGUCAAGAUUUUAAAAUAAUUUACAAAUUCUGUGACAAUAAUUUAGAGACUCUAAUUAUCAACUGCAAACCUUACUAUUCACCUCGUGAAUUUUCCUCAUUUCUUCUAAUUGCUGUUUAUGUCCCACCACAAGCCUGUGUAAACAAGGCAUUACGAACUCUAGCUGACCAAAUCAUGGAGGCUGAAGCCAAACACCCUGAUUCACUGGCCAUUGUUUUGGGAGAUCUAAACAAGGCAAACUUAAGGAAAGAGCUACCAAAAUACUUUCAGCAUGUCAAUUGUCCCACCAGAGGCAAGAAUACUCUAGACCAUUGCUACACAACACUAAAAGAUGCUUAUCGGUCUUUACCACGUGCAGCUGUAGGACACUCUGAUCAUUGCAUGAUUCACCUUGUACCUGCUUACAGGCAAAGACUUAAAGCCACAAAACCAAUAAUUAAAUCAGUGAAGACCUGGACGGAGGAAUCAAAAUUAAAGCUGCAGGCAUGUUUUGACUGCACUGAUUGGAAUAUUUUUAAAGAUACCUCUGCAGACCUGGAUGAACUCACAGAUACUGUAACAACAAACCUUGGUUCACACCUAAACUUAAGCAGCUACGACAUUCCAAAGAGGAGGCCUACAGAAAAGGUGAUAAAAUGCUGUACAAUCAGGCCAGAAAUGCACUAACAAGGGAGAUCAGAGCAGCAAAAGAAGCUACUCUGAAAAGCUAAAGAAUCAGUUUUCAGCAAAUGAACCAGCAAACAUGUGGAAAACUCUUAAAAAUAUCACCGGCUAUGGCAAAUCUCCUUCCCAGGCUGAAGGUAAUCAACAACUGGCAGAUGACCUGAAUGAGUUUUACUGCAGGUUUGAAAGGAAACUAUAGCCACCUAUCUUCAAAACACCCAUCUCAGACACACCAACAACAGCCAAGCCUCCUACAACUGACCCCAUUUCAUUGGGUUCACAACCCCUAGUGAUCACAGAAAAAGAACUGCAGGACCUAUUUCACAGACAAAAGCCAGGAAAAGCUCCAGGCCUAGACAAGAUAACACCUUCUUGCUUAAAAGUCUGUGCUGACCAAUUGGCCCCCAUCUUCACCCAUAUUUUCAAUAAAUCACUAGAGAUAUGUUAUGUUCCUUCUUGCUUCAAACACUCUACCAUCAUCCCAGUGCCGAAGAAGCCCACCAUCAAGGAACUGAAUGACUACAGACCAGUUGCUCUAACAUCUGUAGUCAUGAAAACCUUUGAAAGGCUAGUGCUUUCCUACUUGAAAACCAUCACGGAUCCGCUGUUAGCAAUUUGCAUACCGAGCAAACAGAUCAACAGAUGAUGCUGUUAAUAUGGCUCUGCACUACAUCCUACAGCAUCUUGAGUCUCCAAAGAUCUAUGCAAGGGUCCUUUUUGUAGACUUUAGUUCAGCAUUCAAUACCAUCAAUCCAGACAUUCUUCUAACUAAGCUAAACCAGCUACAGGUACCGGAACAGACUUGUAAGUGGAUCAUAAGCUUCCUAACAAACAGGAAGCAGCAGGUGAAGCUAAGCAAGAUCACAUCAAAUACCUGUACAAUUAGCACAGGGGCCCCCCAAGGCUGUGUGCUCUCCCCACUUCUCUUCUCUCUGUAUACCAAUGACUGCAUCUCCAAUGAUCCAUCUGUUAAGCUACUGAAGUUCGCAGAUGACACAACAGUGAUUGGUCUCAUUCGAGACAAUGACGAAUCCGCAUAUAGACGAGAGGUCGAACGACUAGCCUUGUGGUGCAACCAAAACAAUCUGGAACUGAACACACUCAAAACCGUAGAAAUGGUGGUAGACUUUAGGAGAAACCUUCCAUACUUCCACCUCUCACAAUACUAGACAACACAGUAUCAACAGUAGAAACCUUCAAAUUUCUAGGUUCUAUCAUAUCGCAAGAUCUAAAAUGGACAGCUAACAUCAAAAACAUCAUUAAAAAAGGACAGCAAAGAAUGUUCUUUCUGCGCCAACUCAGUAAGCUCAAACUGCCCAAGGAGCUGCUGAUUCAGUUCUACAGAGGAAUUAUUGAGUCUGUCAUUUGCACCUCUAUAACUGUCUGGUUCGGUUCUGCAACCCAACAAGAAAAACACAGACUUCAGAGGAUAAUUAGAACUGCAGAAAAAAUAAUUGCUACCAACCUGCCUUCCAUUGAGGACCUGUAUACUGCACGAAUCAAGAAGAGGGCCGUGAAAAUAUUUACAGACCCCUCGCAUCCUGGACAUAAACUGUUUCAACUCCUACCCUCAAAACGACGCUAUAGAGCACUGCACACCAGAACAACUAGACACAAGAACAGUUUUUUCCCAAAGGCCAUCACUCUGCUAAACAAAUAAUUCCAUCAAAACUGUCAAACUAUUUACUGAAUCUGCACUACUAUUAAUCUUCUCAUAGUUCCCAUCACCAAUCUCUUUCCAUUUAUGACUGUAUGACUAUAACUUGUUGCUGGCAAUCCUUAUGAUUUAUAUUGAUAUAUUGACCAUCAAUUGUGUUGUAAAUGUUGUACCUUGAUGAACGUAUCUUUUCUUUUAUGUACACUGAGAGCAUAUGCACCAAGACAAAUUCCUUGUGUGUCCAAUCACACUUGGCCAAUAAAAAUUCUAUUCUAUUCUAUUCUACUCUAUUGCAUUUAUUUGUUUUAUUCAAUCAAACAUCGUUAGGAAGAGAUGAAAGAAAAACACAUUGUGACAUACAUUAAUGUUAUGUAAUAAAGGUUUCAGCCUUAAUCUUACUUAAGAAUUUGAACUUUAUCCAUCAUUUGCUCUUAAGGAACUUGCCUGGAGAUAAGGUGGGACCGAACCUGUGUUGUUUUUCCACCUGGUACAUUUAAGCUACAGGGACAAUAAUAAAAUAAACUCAAAAUUCAUCUCCACCUCUUUUAGUUCUUAACUUUUUAGUUAGGGAGACACAGUAAAUGUUCAAAUUAUAUUUGCACAUGCCUGAAAAUGUUGCUGUUUAGGACUUGCCCACAAUCUGCUUAAAUUUCAUUCACCAAAUUGGAUUGAUACAUAUACAAUGGAUGAAUAAUCAAACUCCUUGUGAUUAGGGGAUAUUUUAAUCCUCAAUGGGUUUCUCCAUCUAUAGAUGACUACUUCUAAGAAUUCUUCACCAUGUAUUAAUUCCAUAGUUCACAAAAUUCUUCUCUAUUAAUUCUACUAUUUCUAAAAAUUGUUUUCCAUCUACUAAUUCCAUAGUUCACAAAAUUUUUCUCUAUUUCUAAAAAACCUUCCCCAUCUACUAAUUCUAUAGUUCACAAAAUUCUUCUUUAUUUAUUAAUUCUAUUAAUAGUUCUAAAAUUCUUCCCCAUGUAUUAAUUCCAUAGUUUGCUAUAGCCUUCUCUAUUAAUUCUAUUACUUCUAAAAAUUCUUCUCCAUUGAAUUCUAUAGUUCUCAAUAUUCUCCAUCUGCUAAUUCUACUCCUUCCCAACAAGACUUCUACUCAUUUAAGCAAAACACAUGAUGUAGUACGAUAAGAAGAGUAAAGCUUCCCUGCCUCAUUUGUCUGACAUGAUGUAAGAUAUAGAAGAAGGUAUGAGCUAUGUCAGUCAUUAUGAGGUUUCUUUCUUGAAGUUUUUUCUUUUUUUUUCUUUUUUUUACAAACGUAUCAAUGCGUGAACAAGUGUGGCACCUGGGUAUCAUGCAUUCUAAU